AUGUGCGAGGCCGACUGCCAAGCCCUCUUGUGCAGCAACCCAUCCGACCCCGCCCUCGACUCGCUCUCCUUCUACGCCUACGUGCAAUCCCGUAACGUCAGCCCGACCGCCAUCGCCACCGCCUCGGUCUGGACGCGCGCCAUGCUCGGCCAGGCAUCAAUGUCUCGGCGCUGUACUUCCUCAACUACUGCCGCUCCGGCGACGGGCUUGUCCAGAUGCGCUGCGACCGACGGCACGGCGCGCAGUACCUCCGCGUCCGCGAGCGAAGGCACCCAAAGCUUCGCCAACACCAUGGCCGCCGACCUCCCUGCGGACACGGUCCAGUUCGGCGAGCGUGUAGACGCCAUCCUUCAAAGUCCGGGAGCAGGGUCGAUCGUGAUCUCGCGCACGGGACGCGCCAUCCGGGCGAAGAAGGUGCCGGCCCUCCCGCCGAAGAAGCAGUUGCUGGUCGACUCGUUCCGGUAUGUGUACUACGCCAAGGUGAUGCUGGUGUUUCGGUCGGCGUGGUGGGUGGAGCGCGGGUAUUGUGGCCUCGUGCAAUCAUUCAAGGGCCCGGCGUCCAUCUAUUGGGACACCAGCAGCCCCCGCGAUGGGAAGUACGGGCUCACGGCUUUCUUGGCGGGAGACAGCGGGCGGCAAUGGGCGCAGGAGAAGAAUGUUCGCAAGAGGGAGCAGGCUGAUGAGGAGCUGUUGGGGUGGGGGUUUUCCUGUCCUGCGUUGCCGCCUGGCGUGUUGACGCUGGCGGGAGACGCGUUACGCGAGUCCGUGGGGAAUAUCCAUUUCGUGGGCACGGAGACCGCGGCCGAGUGGAAAGGGUAUAUGGAGGGGGCGGUGCGGAGUGGACGACGGGGGGCGAGGGAGGUCGUGCAGGGAUUGAAUCGGAAUCGUCGAUUGUAG